GCAGUACAAAGUCUAUUGGUCUUUUUAAACAAUUACGCAAGCUGUGGUCUUUAAGAAUGUUACUAACAGAAUGUUACUCAGUUAAUACAUCUCUACCAGACGGACAAUAUAUAAUGUUGGUUUUUAUAACAGUUGUAAUGCUCAGUGUUUGGGCAACAACAGCAGAUGAUUUAUUUUCACCAAAUAUAAACAUCCUUGAAGAAUUAGGAAAAAUUAAAGUCAUGGAAACAAAGAUGAAAUCCAUGGAGCAGAAAAUUGAGCAACUGAAAACUGAAAAUGCAGCACAAGCAAAGAAACUGGAAGACAAACAGAACCACAUUAAUCAACUACUUCAAAAAAGUGAAGGGCAAGCAAAGGACCUGGAGAUAUUGCGUUCAACAACAACUGACAUAACAAUGAAAAUCGAUAGUUUAAUAAAACAAAGCGAAGUUCCAAAAGUGGCUUUCUCCGUUUCUCUGUCGUCCACUGUCGGACCACACAGCAGUUUACACGGCUUGAUUUACAAACACAUCUUCCUCAAUAAUGGAGAUGCUUAUGAUUCAAACACAGGAAUCUUUACAGCACCAGUGAAAGGGGUGUAUGCAUUCUGGCUCUUCUCCAAGGCCUAUGGAAGUGCAGAUAAAGCAGUCGUCGCAGGCCUGUUUAGAAAUGGACAGCAUGAAAUUUCAACAUACGCGCGGCAAAGCAGUGGUUUUAUUGGCUCUUCAAAUGGAGUUUCUUUGUUGUUGGAGAAGGGAGAUAAAGUUAAUGUGAAUCUCUAUUCUGGAUACUGGAUUUUCGACAAUGAACACCAUCACAGCACAUUCAGUGGACAUCUGCUUUUCCAUCUGUGAAUGUAAAAUACUCAUCUUUAUUUUGUCAAGACUGUGUAUUCUAAGCUCAAUCAGUAGCACUGGUUUGGUUUACCCAGAUUAGAGAUUAAAUUUACUAACUGAAAGUAAACUUUUGAAGUAAAACUUCCGGUUUUUUUCACCAUGAUGCAAUAAAUCAUUUGUGUAAUGUCACUCGUAUGAGUGUUAUCUCAAGAUCUGUGUUGUGAUCUGUUAUGUUUGUACUAGAGUGAAGGAAGAAUUGUUUGAACUAAUUAAACAUUAUUUGACUA